AUGGGGGAAGGGGGAGAUGUUUACUGGAGUUGCCAAUUCAUUGCUCAAGCAUCAAAUGUGUCUUUAAAGCAUUGGCAGCAGAUGGGUGGAGUUAACAUCAAUGAGGACAUUGUUAUUGAUAAGUCCAUUCACAAUUAUAUCAAUGCUCGGUCAGCUGUAUUGAAGAGAUACAUGGCCGACGUAGGAAAGGCAUGGCCUGUGCUGAUUGUUUGUGGAGGGAUUUUACCUCUGUUUCUGUCUGUGAUUUGGCUGCUGAUGAUUCGGCAUUUUGUUGCUGCAAUGCCUUGGAUAACGGUGUUUUUCUUUAAUGUUCUAAUAGUAUCAGUAACAAUGCUCUACUACCUAAAAGUUGGAUGGAUAGGAAAUGAUGCUAUUUCCCCCAUUAUUGGUGAGCAUGAUCCUUACAUUCAUAUAUUUGGGAGGGAGCUGACUCAUCUACGUGUUGUCACUGUCAUUAUGACCUUUAUCAUGGUUGUUUCCAUUCUUACAUCAAUUGCUAUUGUUCGGCGCAUCCUUAUGGCAACUUCUGUCCUUAAGGUUGCUGCAAAAGUGAUAGGAGAAGUUAAAGCACUUAUUAUUUUUCCGAUCAUACCAUAUGGUGUCCUCGCUGUGUUCUACAUGUUCUGGAUUUCUUCUGCUAUCCAUUUGUUCAGCUCUGGUCAGGUUGUUCAGAAUAACUGCAACUCUAACUGCUGUGCAUAUGAUCUCAUGGAAAAAAAGGUGAUCUGUGAUCAUUGUUGUGGAUACAGCAUUCGUUACACACCACAUAUUGGAGUUGCCAUCCUUUUUCACCUAUUUGGGUGUUAUUGGGCAACACAAUUUUUCAUAGCAAGCUCAUCAACUGUGAUUGCUGGAUCUGUUGCAUCUUAUUAUUGGGCCCGUGGCGAAGCAUCUCCAGAAAUUCCUUUUGUUUCAGUCGUUUCCUCCAUGAAGAGGCUUAUGCGUUACAGUCUAGGUUCUGUGGCUCUUGGCUCUCUGACUGUAUCAUUUGUAGAAUCAAUCCAUUUUCUACUUGAAUCUGUACGCCGUAAACUAAAAGUCUCCAGUCACAUGCCUGACAGCUGGAUUGGCAACGCUGCAUACCAAUCUUCUCAAUGUUUUCUUAGGUGUAUUGAGUGGACCAUCAAAUCAGUGAACCGAAAUGCUUACAUCAUGAUUGCUAUAACUGGUAAAAGUUUCUUUAAAGCUUCAGUUAUUGCAACAGAGUUGAUCAUGAAUAACAUCCUACGGAUUGGGCGUGUCAAUGUGAUUGGAGAUGUUAUUUUGUUUCUUGGAAAACUGUGUGUCAGCCUCUCAAGUGCUGUUUUUGCUUUCAUCAUGUUGGAAACACACAAGUACAGAGAUGCGCAUAACAAGAUCUCCUCUCCGCUCUUGCCUGUCAUGGUUUGCUGGGCUCUUGGAUAUAUUGUUGCUACUCUUUUCUUUGCGGUUGUAGAGAUGUCAAUUGACACCAUCAUUCUCUCAUUCUGCCAGGAUUCUGAAGAGCAUGGGACUUUGCUCCAAUGUGAGAUGAAUAGCUUCAAGAUUAAGAAUCAUGUUUUAAUUCGUGAACCAAUGCCGGAAGGUGGAAGAAGUUAUGGUGUGCCGAAAAGUAAGAAGUCUUCCGAGGCACAAGCAUCUGGUGCUAGUGGAGCAACUGGCUCUACUUCAGAAAAGGGUAAGAAGAUGGAUGACAGGAAUAUUAAAGAAAAAUUACAAGCUAGACAGUCUGAAGAAAAGUUUAAAAGAAGCGGGAGUCAACAGAGUUGGGACAAUGAAAGACCUAUUGUGCCAAAGUGUGACAAUUGUGGCAGGCAUCACAAGGGCGUUUGUUUGAUGGGCCAGAACGUAUGUUUUAAGUGUGAUAGACCUGGUCACUAUGCGAGGGAUUGUCCCCAGAUCGUGGGACGAGUUGCUCAUGUGCAAGUGGUCUAUGACCCUUCAGCAGCGGCACAUGUUAGCACUUCGACCCAACCCCAGCUAGAGAGGUUCCCACGCUUGACGGGAGGUAUGACGCAUGUAGAUUAA